CAUCGGUCGCGUCUAUGGCGCGAGGAAUCCUCGAAAGCCUUACACUCACGUGUAAAUUUGUGAAAGUGUGCGCGGCGCGGCCAGCAGCGGCAGACAGCUCUCUGAAUACACGCGUUAUUAACAGCGACAUGCGCAUAUUCAUGUCAAGUGUAGUGUGCGAGUGGUGAAAACAAUAUUUUGGCCUUCGGGGGCCCAAACAAACAUUAUUUUUACAAAAUGUACAAGCUGAAGUUCUCCCAGAGGGAUAAAGUUAAGAAAUUUAUAGCCUUCACGCAGACGGGCGAACAGACGGCGAUUUACUGCUUGACUCAGAAUGACUGGAAGCUCGAUUUGGCCAGCGACAAUUACUUUCAGAAUCCCGAGGCUUAUUACAAGGAGCCGAAAGUUUCUGUAGAUAAAAAGAAACUUGAAGUUCUAUUCAGCAGAUAUCAAGACCUCAACGAACCUGAAAAAAUUACUGCUGAUGGGAUAAUGAAGUUCCUCGACGACCUGAGCCUCAGUCCUGAAAGUAAAUUAGUCCUGAUAAUAGCAUGGAAGUUCAGGGCCGAAACGCAGUGCGAAUUCACCAAAGACGAGUUCAUGAACGGCAUGAUGGAUCUAGGCGUCGACAGCAUCGACAAACUUAAGAUUCGACUCAGCAGCUUGGAAUCUGAGCUCAGAGACGCUCAGAAAUUCAAAGACUUUUAUCACUUCACUUUCAACUACGCCAAGAACCCCGGACAGAAGGGAUUGGACCUUGACAUGGCUAUCGCCUAUUGGAACAUCGUGCUCGACGAAAAGUUCAGGUUUCUACAGCUCUGGUGCCAGUUUCUGCAGGAACAUCACAAACGAUCGAUUCCAAAGGAUACGUGGAACCUGCUGUUAGAUUUUGCGCUUAUGAUCAACCCCGACAUGAGUAAUUACGACGAGGAAGGAGCGUGGCCCGUACUGAUCGACGACUUUGUAGAAUGGGCUCAGCCGCGUGUUCGUCAGUCUCUUUAACAUUUUACGCUGAGCUGUCAGUGCCGCCACUGAUGCUAAUAUCGCGUGGCUGGCUGAUUGAUGAGCUGGGAAUAUUCUUGUGUAUAAAAAGAAAUUGAUAUAUGUGCAUAUUAUUACUAUAUAAUUCACAGCGAUAUAACAAUGUCGAUUGCACAUAGAUGAUUUUUAAAAUCGAUUGGCGAGAGAACGCUCUGAGGCUGAUAUCAUCGUUCUUUUCGUUUUUUUCUCCAACUUUUUUUUUCUUUUUCGUUGAUUAUGCCACUAUCAGAAAAUUCGUACCUCCAAGUUCGAAAUUACAAAGAGAACGGGAAAACUUGAAGAAUACACCAUUUGAUUUUGUAAAUAAUCAAACACACAGGCACACAAACUACAAGUCAGUUCCGUAAUAAUAGAGAGAAAAAAAUAUAAAACGUUAUAACGAGGAAACACUUGAUUUCACUAUAGUGAAAAAACAAACUAUACAAAAUUGUAACGUUGCAAAAAAUAAUUCAUGCGUUAGGAAAUGAUCAAAACACAUCUUCUAGGAUUCAUUGAGAAAAAUCUUCUUUUUUUCUUAGAGUAAUGUUAUUAAAUUGAUGCUGGCGCUGUAUGAUUUGUUACAAAGAAAAUAUUCGAAACGUAAAAAUAUAUAUAUAGCUAUGUAUAUAGAGACGUACAUAUACCGCAGAAAUAUGUAGGAAACAUGAGCGAUGAGGAAACAGGCCCCUUUGAAAAAAAAAUGCCCUAUGCAUCUCAAUCAAUUGAUACUGCUCAAUUUUUUUUCAUUAUUAAGAGAAGAUAUCAAAGGAUAAACGCUUCCUAGAAAAUAAGAGAAAAAAAUAGAAUAUACAAACGAAAAAAAAAGGUAUUCCAAAAGAGAAAUAAUGGGAAAAAAGCGGAUAAGAGAAAGACAAAUAAAGUGAGAAAUAAAAAUCGUUAACAUUGAAUCAACCAUAAUUACACUAAAGAAUUACACUUGUGAGUGGACUAUAUGAACCAAAAAAAUCAGAAGUAUUUGCAAUGAUUCGUUGUAACGUUCUACGUUGUACGAGCAAAAGAAAGACAGGGGAAAAAGAAUUGGUCAAGAUUCCACAAGAUGCUCAAGUUACGCAGAUAAAUCGGUAACGAUUACACAGAACGCUUAUUCGAUUUGUUAGUCAAAUUUUCAAACAAAAUAAUAUCUUAUUAUUAUCCAUAUAAGCUGCUAUUGUCGGGCUUGGAAAAAAAAAUUAAGAACUAACCAGCAAACGAUAUAAUUUUGGUUUUUAGCUAAUAAUAAUAAUAAUAAUAAUGAUGACGAUGACUAUGACUAUGACUAUGACUAUCACUCUGACUAUGACUAUGACGAUUACUACGACUACGACUACGACUACUAAAAUUACGAUUACUAUGACGAUGACAAUGACGAUGACGAUGACGAUGACUGUGACUGUGUCUGUGACUGUGAUUGUGACUGUGACUAUUACGAUUACGAUUACGAUUACUACGCUACGACUACGACGAUUACUAUGACUAUGACUAUGACUAUGAUUACGACUACUACUACGACUAUGACUACGACUAUAACGAUGAUAAUAUAUACACACACACACAUAAAUAUUAUAGUAAUAAUAUAAAAAUCUAUAUUUUCAUUUCUAAACUUCUCACACUGAUAUGACGAUAGCAAAUGCUGCAAACUAUAUAAAUACCUGCGCCUGUUACACAAAAAGAUGAGUGAUUUUUUCUGCAUUUUUUGUUGAACGCGAUUAAAAUUUAAUCCUAUUUUUGUUUUACCACGCAGACGCAUUUCAGUGAGCGAAAAAAUCCAACACAUUCUGUUUCAACUUCGGAUAUAUUCUCUAAGUUAUAAUAGUUAAGAUUUUUCAUGACACAUUUUUGCAAGCCCCCUUUUUUAAUAUGACACUAUUCCGCAAGUCGAAAAAAGAAACAUUAGACGAAAUGUUGUCACAGUUUUAGUUUUAUUUAUUAGAAUAUCAGACUAUCAUCAUCGUUCUCGGACCAUUUAUGUUCUAAAAUGUCAGGAAUGAUUUAUACUACACGAUCGAACAUCUCCGUGAUAUUCCAAAAUCAUCUCUAAACGUAAAAUACAUAUGUAAUGAAUUUGCGUUGAUCCAACUUAAAAAUACAAGCAGAGUAGACGGAAGAAAUUG